UGAGACAGUCACUGGGAUGGCAAUAGGAGUCUAGCCUACGUUACGUUUCAUCGGCGUCAUAAAUGUAAACAGAGGAUUAAUUGACAAGCAUGCAGCAGUAAGAGGGACUUCAUUUAACGACGAACAUUGUCCGGUCUACGAGAAAAUACACUCUCAAAUCGUACCGCCUUCUGAGGAAUGGCGACAAAGACACGACUUAAAGGAGUUAAACUGAAGUCAUCGACCUUAUAACGUCGCUCUAAAACAGCUGUGCUUCCCCCGCUGACGAGAAUUUCAUUGGUUUUUCUAAAUGACCAAGAAUACGAUGAUCUUCUCUCACGACAUAAACACCCGAUGAAUAUCGCCGAUAUAUUAUCGAAAGUACCGAAUUAGAGGUGAAAUUCUGAGAUGAGAGACGAUGAAAUAAGGGGAGCAGUACGGAUGACAGGAGUAUGGCGUGUAGAACGCAAAUCACCACCAUGAGAUAGCAGCGAUAGAGAAUAACAUGACGGGAGAAUAAAACGUGAUUCUGGGAGUGCAACUGUGAAGAUAACUUCAUUAUCACGUCGCAACCAAAUACUCAGAGGAGAACUGUGGUUGGUGAGGUUGCUCGGGCUGAUGGCCCGGAGCGGGCUUCACCAGCACUGGUGGUGGUUCCUGAUGACUAUUCUCGUGUGCCUAUUGAGGGGACACUCGGCUGUACCACAGCGACCAACUCGUAUUGGUAUACCAAUGGCUAGCCGUGAUAAAACAACAAAUACAGCUGGUGAAAUUGUUAUUUUUUUACGUGACAAAUGUAACUCGAGGAGAUCUACCCCGGCCAAUGGGAAUGAUAUCAAUCAACUUCGACAGUUCGUCGACAAGUUCGAGGAAAAUGGGGGAACCUCGGUCAGCGUACUGGAUAAAUCUCUCACCUGCGAUACGAAAUCCUGGGGACUCGGAGUGCUGGUGGAUGUGCUCGAGAGGCCAUCAACGAGGGCUCUGAUUGCCGCUCUCGAUAUCAACACUUGUGAGGCAGCUGAGAGGCUGGCGUAUCUCUGGAACAAGCCGCUCCUCACCUGGACCUGUCCAGCGCACAUUGGAGAUAAUCAACCGACAUCAACCAUAAGACUGAGCCCAUCCCUUCCGGUGGUGGCGCAAGCAUUGGCUGAGAUAUUUUUACAUUUCAAAUGGAGAUCAGCGUCGCUGAUAGCAAUGGACGAGGAGCCCUGGUCAAGUUUAGCAAGAGCAGUGAUAGGCGUUUUGCGAAGUAUCGGAAUUAUUCCACGGCACCACGCGCUCAUUUCACGGCAAACUAGCGCCUCCCAGAUUCAUCAAUCACUCGCCUCGUUCGAGACCAUUAUCCCACGAGCUAUUGUCCUCUGCCUACCGCUGGAGGAUGAGAAAUUAAUCAGCCGAGUCAUGAGGGAGUUCGAGGCGUUACGUACAUCAAGAACUGACAACUCGGUUUUUCUUCUUGUUCAUCCCGAGGGGCCGGAAUUCUUCCUGCCAACUAUUGGAACUUUAUCCGAUAAUUCGACGAGUACGACAGCAACGUCAACGACCAGUGCUGGCGCCGCUGGGGGUAAACGUCGGGGGAGAAGAUUCCACGGACGAAUGAAGAAUUUACUAGCUUUUGCACCUUUCGACAUGAGAUACAAUCUAGGUGCUAUUUACAAUGGCACUCAGCUGUACAAAGAGCCCCGCACUGUCGACCGAUUGAACGAGUCACUGAGCAUUUUGAUGCACGAUAAUUCGAGUUUAAAUACCAACAAUAACAAAAUGUUCAUUUACGGUCUACUCGGUUGGAGUUCAUCGGGAAAUACCGACGGCAUCUGGUAUCCCAUUGCUGAAGUGAUUGAAAGCAGAGAGUAUUUGGUGGUACGAGAAUUGGCUGAAAACGAUCUUGUUGAUGAAGAGACACUUGACCCAGUACUGUGUUCCAAUGAAAACGAUUGCAGGGGUGAUAAUCGAGGAAAUGGGGACGAUCCACUCGCGAUGAGGACAUCUCACAUUAUUGUUAUCAUUAUGGUGUGUUUGUUAUUGACAUUUGUCGUGUUUAUUAUAACGAUAUUGCUCCGAAGGCACCUGGUGAAUAAGAGAGUGUCCAAGGGACCCUUCAAAAUUAUUCUUACCGCUUCGGAUUUCGUUUUUCCGCAGCCGACUGACAACAGAAGGGUAGAUGAAGGGAUUGAAACAAUGCUAUGUUGUUGGUUGAAACAACUCCAGGAAUUCGGGGGCCCUGAGGUUGAAAAGCCGGACCUUCUCCAGGGCAGCGUUGGAUCGCUCAAGCCCCAUUUGAAGGCAAGCACUGGUAGUCUAGCAUGGCAUACCAUCCUCAAGGAUCCUCGGGCGAGAUACAACGGAGAUUUGGUACAGCUCAAAGAGCUACCGUGCCAAGCUAACAACUUCGAGCUCAAGGGUAAAGCCAUGGAUGUCUUGAUCAUGAUACACGGACUACGCCAUGAGAAUUUGAAUCCUUUCAUUGGGUGCUUGACGGAACCGGCAAGGCCCUGUUUAGUGACGGAAUAUUGUACACGAGGAUCACUCGAGGACGUGCUCAUGCAGGACGAGAUUAAACUCGAUUGGUCAUUCAGGCUAUCGUUACUCACCGAUCUUGUACGGGGAAUGAAGUACUUGCAUAACAGCCCGAUUCGUGUCCACGGAUUCCUCACGUCUCGGAAUUGUGUCAUUGAUGCCAGAUGGGUGCUCAAAGUGGCUGAUUAUGGAUUACCAGCGUUUUAUGAAGCUCAGAGCAUUGUCACACCGACAAAAAAUGCCAGAGAUUUACUGUGGACGGCGCCAGAAUUAUUGAGACACUCGGGCCUACGUAAAAGAGGCACCCAACCGGGUGACGUUUACAGCUUUGGCAUCAUAAUGCAGGAAGUUGUUGUUAGAGGCGAGCCAUUCUGCAUGUUGGCACUAUCACCCGAAGAUAUUAUAGCAAAGGUCAAGAAACCACCCCCGCUUAUACGACCUUCUGUCAGCAAGGGUGCUGCACCGCCCGAAGCAAUUAACAUCAUGCGCCAGUGUUGGGCGGAGGCCGCUGACAUGAGACCUGACUAUAACGCUGUUCAUGAUUUAUUUAAAAAAUUAAAUCACGGGAGAAAGGUGAAUUUUGUGGAUACCAUGUUCCAAAUGCUCGAGAAGUAUUCUAAUAACUUGGAGGAACUUAUUCGGGAGAGGACAGAACAGCUGGACAUGGAGAAGAAGAAAACUGAGCAGCUUUUAAAUCGGAUGCUUCCAAGCACGGUAGCGGAGAAAUUGAAACUAGGAAUGCCAGUGGAUCCCGAGGAAUUUGCCGAAGUGACAAUAUACUUCUCGGAUAUCGUUGGAUUUACCGCGAUUUCAGCUCACUCAACUCCCUUCCAAGUUGUUGAUUUACUGAACGAUCUCUACACCUGCUUUGACGACACGAUAAAUGCCUACAACGUCUACAAGGUUGAAACUAUUGGUGACGCUUACAUGGUAGUCGGUGGCUGCCCCGUUAGAAUUCAGGACCAUGCCUCGCAGAUAGCGACAAUGGCACUUGAUUUACUGCACCAGAGUGGCAAAUUCAAAGUCCGACAUCUGGCGAGAACCCAGCUACGUUUGAGAAUUGGUCUUCACACUGGUCCCUGUUGUGCCGGGGUGGUUGGUCUGACAAUGCCCCGUUACUGUUUGUUCGGUGAUACUGUAAACACAGCAUCUAGAAUGGAAUCGACGGGUGCACCGUGGCGAAUUCAUUUGAGUCAAGCCACUCGUGACAGACUAUGUCAAGUUGGUGGUUAUCACAUUGAGUAUCGAGGAUGUACUGAUGUUAAAGGUAAGGGCAAAAUGCCCACAUACUGGUUACUCGGUAAACAGGGAUUCGAUAAACCAUUACCAACACCACCACCACUUGGGGAUGAUCAUGGGUUGGAAGAGAGCUUGGGAUUAAAAUUAGAGGGCGACAUAUCUCCGGCUUCCGAGGAACCCUCAAGAGCCUCUCCAAUCGACACCCCAACAAUUCUCCGUGAGCCGACGAUCGAUGAAGUUAUCAUACCCUCGAUAAAAGACGAUGACGACAAUAGUUCCGGACAGAGUAGUUCCUCCUUCACGACAACAUGCACAAGCUCAAAAUUCUCCGCUGCACCGUCGUUUCAGGAGCGCGUUACAACUCGAAAAGUUGCUGUAUCAGUUCACGAUGAAAAAGAUAUAAAUUUUCCAGCAACUGCGUCCGAUGUUGCUGCCGCCCUCUUGGGUGCGGCGUCUACAACCUCAUUAAGCUCAAUAUCGAGUUCAGCAUUUCGCGGCUCCAGUAGUAGACAUCGUCGAGUUGGGCAUAUUGAUGAAGACGAUCUCAGUACGCCUUACAACUAUUACAGGUGUCUUUCGCCUAAUGAGCAUUACAGUAAAGGCACAAGUCGUUUGCUCAAGAGGCAAUUCAGUCUCGAUCGGGCUGACGAGCCAGUAUCAAUAAUAUCUGAGUGCUCUAUGUCAUCCACUGCUAUCUCUCGUCCACUACCGAGGUUGUACAAGCAAAAUAGCGCGGGCGCUGCUAAUGAUCUCGAGAAAAUUGAAGAAGUACCCAGUAGUACACCGGCUACACAUCAAACUUAUCGACAUGCUGCCUCUAUGUCACUUUCCGUUGAAUCAUUGACACUUCGUUGAAGAAUAAGAUUAAUUCGAUUACUAGCGCGUUGGUGAGAUGUGAUACCGUCAAUUUCAGAGCGAGUUGUGUGAAUUCUUACCAGGGAUGUGACCAAAUGAUCUGACUUAUCGUGUGACCGGGGCAAUGAUGAGAAUUCAUUGUCACUCGAUGAAAUAAAAAUACGCAAGAUUUCACCAGGGACUGAGACCUCCAACACCAGAAAAUUCUAAGCGAUGAUCAUUUCCAGGGAUUAAACUCCAACCAGAGCUGAAUAUAUAUCACUUUGCCACUUGCCAAACUACCUCCUCACAAGGCAUCAUGUUUUUUCAAAGACAUGGAUCACACGUUACAUGUCUUCCAUGUACCUCCCAUAGAUCUAUCGUAUUAAUGUCGUUGCAUCAGUGGAAUAAUGAAACAAUUCCACUUAUAUUGCGUUAUGGAGUUGAUAGAACUCGCCGGAACGUCACUGCUGGUCAGUAUUGAACGAGUAUUAAAUAUUAGAAUUGAAAAUGGUUCAUUUGUUUGGCUCGUUAUAAUAAAUCCGUCGAUUUGCGAAUGGGGACGAUAAAAAAUACCCAUGAAAUCUACUUUGUACGAUCCUUUUAUCAGCAUUGCGGUUUUGUAAAUAGUACUUUUCUAUCGGCCUAAACGUUACUUCAUCGAGUCCCUUAUCAAUGUUCGAAACAUUGAGCGAUAAAAAAAUUCAUUGAAUAUUUUAUUAUUCGAGGACUUUAAUUUUCGAAAUUUAAAUACUAAAUUCGUGUCACAAUGUGUGAGCAGUAUUUUUUUCCGUUUUCAGUGUCUGACUGAGCGAUUCAUAGCUUUAAGGAUAUAAGAAUGAAUUGAAAGCCUGAAUAUUUACACAUCACAAGUAAAACGAAUGUCUGAAGAUCGCCCGUAUUUUGGAAAAUAUGUGGAACACAAAAUUUGUUCUCUCCAGGAAUCUUAUGAAUUGUCUUCAUCAGUUUUUAAGACAUUCGUUUUUACCGUGAUUGUCUGUUGAAAGAACACGUACUCCUUCGUUCGCGGCGAAUGUUAUCAGACCUUUGUAAUUAAUUCAAUUUUUCUGAUACUGAUGCUGUGAAGGAAUAUAUAUUGUGUACACGUAGUUGAAAUUUGAUUAAUCGUAUUCAUUGUCGCACGUAGUAGUGUGACAGUAAUUAUCGAGGAAUUUUUUGGAUGACAAUCGAAACUAAUAAUUUCACGAGCGAGAAGAAUAAAACGAAGAAAAAAAUAAUCAAACGUGUGACGAUAAUUGGUGGAUCGAGGCCACCGUCGUGGUUAAUUAUAAUAAUGUGAGAUUUUUAAAUAUUUACAUGUUGUUGAACGGUUCGUAUUAUAGGUACCUGUGGAUUAUACGUAAAUGUACGAAUUUUGUUUAUUCAUUUUUCGCCUCAUAAGUCUGAUUUGGAUUAAUGCAUCGUUUUCGCGUUUUUGGGAAACUGAAAAUUCAGUCAAUUAUUCGCAGAUUCUCAUCACAUCAGUUUUUAGUUCUUGCCGUGUAUGAAAUUUUUUUAUAAAAACCCAGAGCUGUUUACGAAAUUCUGUUAAAAUUCUCGUGAAAUUUUGCUAAAUGAUAUUGGGUUUUUCCAGCCAUUUUUGUGUUUUUUUUGAAGAAUAUUUUCUGGAAAAAAAUUUCAAGAGCAUGAGUUGUGUGGACAAAUCAACAUUUGUGCACUUCUGCCUAUGAAAAAGGGUAAAAUUAAGCGUCAAAAAAUAGAAUUUAUUCUCUAAUGUUAGAUUUUCUAUUUUAAAUCUUUUCAUAUGUAUCAUGUCAUCUGGUAUUUUUAAUUAACUGUGGAGAUGAGUUCAAGAGUUAAUUAAAGGUAGUAUUAUCAAUAUGACGAGGUCAAAACUAAUGGGGAAUCAUGAUCAAUAAUUAUAUAAGACUAAAGUGAGCUUGUUAAUCUUGUAGAACCAUGGAAUCAGUCUCUGCCCUUUGUGUUGGAGUUAUCGAUUUUUCAGCUGUCCCAUAUAUUACAGAUACGAGAAAAAAUCCAAUGGGAAAUCAUAGGGCAUUCGCUAAAGAUGAGAAUUUCUUUUUUCAAUUUUUCCUUCAAUAACAAAAGGGGAAAAAAUUAUAUCGCUGGUAAAAUCGAUAUUCACUUUUUUCGCCAUAAAAAUUCCGUGGCGUAAAUUCUUCAAGGUUUUUACACUGACGUUUUUCUUCUCGCUAAGGAAUAUGGGAGAACAGAAUUUAUAGGCUAAUUUCUGUGGAAAAAAAAUCUCAGGAUUUCAAUGAGAAAAUUUAAAUUUAUUGGUGUAAUAUCUAUCGAGAAUUGACAAUUCCCCAGAAUUUUCUAUUGGAUUUUCUUGCACGUGCGACAGUAUACUCCGUUUUAUAACCCAUCUGUGUUACUAGCAUAUUUUCGGUCAAAUCUUUGUGCCGAUAAAUGUUUAAUGUUAACGAAAAUAACCGAAAAAAUCGAAAAAAAUAAUAGAGAAACAUAGCAAUGAUAGCGGUAUUUACUGGGUAGCCGAGAUGGGUCCCUCUCUUCGGAGCGAUCUAAAGAUAUGUCUCAUGAAAAAUUUAGCAUUUAUAGUAACGUUUAAGUAAAAUUUAUUAACAUGUUAAGAGUGCUAUUGAGGUAAAAAUUAAAAAAAUAAUCUUAUAUUA